GUUAUUUUUUUGGUCGAGUCGGAUGAAAAUCGAGCUCGUGCCACAUCUUCCCGCAGCCGUUAAAGCUUCUAAGCAUCGCAUGUAGGUUGUAGAUAGACAAACAACUCUGAGUUGACAACAUUUUUGGAACAACUCCGCUUCUGAACAUAUGUGUGAUUUUUUUUUUCCGUGUUGGUUUGGUCCAUAGAAGACGCUGAAGUUGAUGGUGAAUUCUGUCCGCUGAAGACGACGUCAAAGUGGACCGACCUAAGCGGACUUUUCUCCCGUGAAAUUCCCAAAUCCUCCCCUCAAAAGUCACGUACAACAGUGGACCGUGCACACAAGGGAUUGGCAUUUAGGAACGGCAAACUCAAGGGUCGGCACAUGAAGUUUCUCGUGAAAAGUCAGAGGAGAGCAGCAAACAAAAGUAGUCGUCCAAAAACCAAAGCAGUGGGAGUGUCGAGAGCUUCCAGGGACAGUGUCAAAAACAUCAGCCGAGCAAUCACCCCUAUCGACGGGAGCGCUGCAUCAUGGGAAAACAGAACAGCAAGCUCCGGCCCGAGGUCUUGAACGAUUUACGAGAGAACACGGAGUUCACCGACCACGAGCUGCAGGAGUGGUACCGCGGCUUCCUCAAGGACUGCCCCACAGGUCACCUGACCGUGGAGGAGUUCAAGAAGAUCUACGCUAACUUUUUCCCUUACGGAGACGCCUCUAAGUUCGCCGAGCACGUCUUCCGCACGUUUGACACCAACGGCGAUGCCACCAUCGACUUCAGGGAGUUUAUCAUCGCACUAAGCGUGACGUCGCGCGGCGGGCUGGAGCAAAAACUGCGCUGGGCCUUCAGCAUGUACGACCUGGAUGGGAACGGUUACAUUAGCCGGGCCGAGAUGCUGGAGAUAGUCCAGGCCAUUUAUAAGAUGGUGUCUUCGGUGAUGAAAAUGCCCGAGGAUGAAUCUACGCCGGAGAAGCGCACGGAUAAGAUCUUCAGACAGAUGGACAUCGAUAAUGACGGUCGUUUGUCCUUGGAGGAGUUCAUCAAAGGUGCCAAAAGCGACCCGUCCAUCGUGCGACUGCUGCAGUCCGAUCAGGGAGCCUCUCGUCAGUUCUGAAGCAAAAAAAAAAAAAAAAACGCACGUGCGCCAAAGCAUGUACAGCACUCCAUGACGUCUUAUUGUUUACAAUCGGGGUUUCCAAAAAACGGUCGACUCGAAAAGUUACAAAUGUGGUUCCUCUGCUAAAAUCAAUCACGCGCUGUCGUGACGACGAACGUUUAAUGACAAAUUAAUAAGCUCACAAAGUGACCCAUUUUGAGUCCAGACUGUUGUUUUGGGAAACCCUGCUUUUCAUAAUUCUAUUUUUGUGGCUUCUUUUCUGUGGACUGUUGCGCUUUUCUUCGUGUGUAAAAUCUUUGAUCCUGAAAUGGACUUUACUCGUCCUCCAAAAAAGUCAAGUGCCA